AUGGAUGAAAUAUUUAACCACAGCGGAGCACUUAACCGGAGUUCACCUGGCGAUGGGGAAUACAGUUUCGAAGACAUCGACAUGAGCGCGGACAGCACUCCCAUCCUGAGGAUACUCAUCUCCGUGGUGUACUCUGUCGUGUGCGCGGUGGGUUUGGUGGGGAAUCUGCUCGUGUUUUUCCUCAUGAGGUUACGACAAGGUCGGAAGAAGUCCACCAUCAAUGUUUUCAUCACCAACUUGGCGGUGACGGACUUCCAGUUCGUGCUCACUCUGCCCUUCUGGGCCGUGGACACCGUGCUGGACUUCAGCUGGCCGUUUGGAGACGCCAUGUGCAAAAUCAUCCUCUCGGUCACCGUGAUGAACAUGUACGCCAGCGUAUUUUUUCUCACGGCCAUGAGUGUGACCCGCUACUGGUCGGUGGCCUCGGCGCUGAAGAAGAAAGCGCACAGGGGGUCACGGUGCGUCAAGUGGGUGUGCGCGGUGCUGUGGGUGGCGGCAAUAGCGGCCACGGCUCCGACGUCUAUCUUCUCCACCGUCACUGUGGUCGCCGGAGAAAAACUCUGCCUCCUCAAGUUCCCCGAUGGGCACGACUGGCUCGCCCUCUAUCACAUCCAGAAAAUAUUAAUAGCCUUCAUCAUCCCGAUGCUCAUAGUCUGCGUCAACUAUCUGAUGCUCCUGCGCUUCGUGAGACGGCGCAGCAUGAGCAGCAGCAACCCCAAACGGAGAUCCAGAGUCACCAAGUCCGUCGCUAUUGUGGUUUUGUCCUUCUUCUGCUGCUGGAUGCCAAACCACGCCAUCACAUUCUGGGGUGUCUUGGUCAAAUUCAACUUGGUCGACUGGGAUAAAUCAUAUUACAUGGUGCACACGUACGUGUUCCCGGUCACUGUGUGCUUAGCGCACGCAAACAGCUGCUUGAACCCGGUGCUUUACUGUCUGAUGAGGCCAGAGAUCAGGAAGAUGCUCAGUGGGUUGUUUUGGAGAGUCUCUACUCCAUCCAUAUUCAACAGGGGCGGCGGGACGCGCUAUUUUACGCAGGGAGAAACCCAGGGAGUGGUGCCUCUCCAGGUUUUGGACAAUGCCCAGUCCUCGUUGUCCAUCAUAGACCGUAAAGGCUUACCGAGCUCCAGCAUGAUCCCAUACACCUGA